GGUCUCAGAUGGAAAAUAACAGGACCAUCUUUCUUAAAUGUUUGGUAUGAGCUGUGGAUUCCAACUCUACUAGAUUUUAAAUUAUUAUCUCCAUACCCAUUUGAUAGCCCAUUAAUCUACAUUGCAGACCUAAUAGAUAAUGUUACAAAGCAAUGGGAUAGACCGAUUCUGUACUCUAAUUUUAGCCCACAAGAGUGCCAUGAGAUUCUGAAAAUUCCUUUACGAGAAUCAGGGGAAGAUUCUAAGCUUGUCUGGCAUUUCUCUAAAGAUGGGAACUUGACGAUGAAAACUACAUACUAUACCUUGAAAAAGGAGAAGGAGAUGUCAUCUUCUAAUACAGCCUCGACAUCAAGUGUGGUGUCAUCAGGCAUAUGGAACAAAAUCUGGAAUUUAAAGGUACCCCUAAAAUUAGUCUUUAUAUGGAAAGCCUGCAAUAAUGCUUUGCCUUCUAGGGAUAAUCUUUUCAAAAGACACAUUGCUCCUUCUCCAUUUUGUCAAAUUUGCUCCAAAGAAGAAGAAACGUCGGAACACCUACUUUUUUUCUGUCCUCAUGCCUCGGCCACAUGGUUCAGUUCCAGCUUGGGUUUUAAGCUAAACAAGGCGAGAUUUGGAUCUUUAAGUGAUUGGUGGCAAUCUCUUUUUUCGAUACAUAGCUCUCAUGAUAACUACUUUACAAUCUUGUGCAGCGUUCUAUGUUGGCAAUUAUGGAAAUCCAGAAAUCAAGCUAUUUUCAAUCAGACUAGUCCGAAUCCUGUUGUAACGAAUAGAAAAGCUCAUAAUGUAAUUGGGGAAGUUCAACAACUUGUUCUUCCAUAACAACAUUCUUUGUCAUUUCCAAAAAAUGACAGCAACCUUGUUUCAGGUAGAUGGAUCCCACU